GGGCAAGGCAGUGGGGCGGGAAGGGAGUCGGAGACACACCAAACAUGGCGGCGGCGGUGGCUGCGGCGGUGACGAAGACAGCGACGGCAGCGGCGGCGACGGAGACAGCAGCGGCGUUCAACAAGGCGGUGGGAGUUACUCCGUGCGGUUGUCAGGUGACCUCUGUAUGGCUUUUCAAUUUUAGUUGAAAUUCCCUCCAUGGCCUUUUGGAGUCCCUUGGUGUGUCUCCAGAGUAAAUUUCAAUUACUAUACAUUUCAUCAAUGUUGGAGUGGCAAGAAAAAGGAGGAACUGAUUUGGGGUGAAAAGGUAUAACUGUAAACUUAAAAAACUAAAAGGCAAAGAUGGGUGAAAAGAAACCAGAGCCUUUGGACUUCGUGAAGGAUUUCCAGGAAUACCUGACUCAGCAGACCCACCAUGUGAACAUGAUUUCUGGAUCAGUUAGUGGGGACAAAGAAGCAGAGUCUCUUCAGGGAGCUGGAACAGAUGGUGAUCAGAAUGGACUUGAUCACCCAUCUGUUGAAGUUUCCCUGGAUGAAAACUCAGGAAUGUUAGUGGACGGGUUUGAAAGGACCUUCGAUGGGAAGCUCAAGUGUCGGUACUGCAACUAUGCCAGCAAAGGAACAGCCCGGCUUAUUGAACAUAUUAGAAUCCACACAGGUGAGAAACCUCAUAGAUGUCACUUAUGUCCAUUUGCAUCUGCUUAUGAGCGUCAUUUGGAAGCCCAUAUGCGUUCCCAUACCGGAGAAAAACCAUACAAAUGUGAAUUAUGUUCCUUCCGCUGCAGUGAUCGAAGCAACCUGUCCCAUCAUCGAAGGCGCAAGCAUAAAAUGGUACCAAUUAAAGGUACUAGGUCUUCCUUAAGCAGCAAGAAAAUGUGGGGGGUUUUACAGAAGAAAACAAGCAAUCUGGGCUAUAGCAGAAGAGCACUAAUCAACUUAAGUCCACCUUCCAUGGUGGUUCAGAAGCCAGACUACCUUAACGAUUUUACCCAUGAAAUCCCAAACAUCCAGACUGAGUCCUAUGAAAGUAUGGCAAAAACCACGUCAACUGGUGGCCUGCCAAGGGACCCCCAAGAACUCCUGGUUGACAACCCUUUAAAUCAGCUCUCCACUCUAGCAGGACAGUUGUCCAGUUUGCCACCUGAAAACCAAAACCCCGCAUCCCCUGAUGUAGUACCCUGCCCUGACGAGAAGCCUUUCCUCAUGCAGCAGCCCUCUGCCCAAGCGGUAGUUUCUGCCGUGUCAGCAAGUAUUCCUCAGAGCUCUUCCCCCACGAGCCCCGAGCCCCGACCUUCACAUAGUCAGAGGAACUACAGUCCGGUGGCGGGUCCAAGCAGUGAACCAAGCGCCCACACGAGUACACCUAGCCUAGGGAACAGCCAGCCAAGCACUCCGGCUCCGACCCUGCCAGUCCAGGACCCGCAGCUGCUCCACCACUGCCAGCACUGUGACAUGUACUUCGCGGACAACAUCCUCUACACAAUUCACAUGGGAUGUCAUGGCUAUGAGAAUCCUUUUCAGUGUAAUAUAUGUGGGUGUAAAUGUAAAAACAAGUACGACUUUGCCUGUCAUUUUGCAAGAGGGCAACAUAACCAACACUGAUUGGCAACAAUCACAUUAUGCUUUACUUGGUUUUGCCUGUUUGUGUUUUGUAGUUUUAUUUUUUGGGGGGGAUGUCCAUCCUUAAUAAGGUGUGUGCUAAUUUAAAGUUUAUACAUUAUGUUUAUAGAAAACUUUGACAAUGGAAAGAAAUUUUCCUUUUGUUUUUUCAUAAAAGUCCGGUCAGGAUCAUUUAUGUAGAAUAGCUAGACACACUGGUGUCUAUUUUUCCCUUUCAGUUAGACGUUUGAGAACUGAAAUGCAUUCUCAGUCUUACAGGUGUUCAUUUAAAUUUCCCAUACUUAUGGUCCAUAAAAACUUUGAAGAUUAUCAAUACUCUUGAUGUUUCAAUAGAUACAUUGUAGCUAGAUGUUAUUUCUGCCAUAUUUCAAAAUGGUAAAAUAAAUUACUUUCUCUUAUAAAAUGUUACGACUUAGUUCAAUGUUUGGUAGAGGAAUUGCCUUUAAAAUUGCUCUCAAUUGAAAUACUAUUUUGUUUACAUAGUUUCAUUUCAACUGAUAAUAGUAAAGCCAUUUCAGCUAUAGUAAACCUUUCUUUUUUCCAUAAGGGGCAAUAUAAAACAGUUAAUUCUUUUGAAAUUAAAGUUAUAAAAAUAUGAGAUAAAAGUUCGGAAAAGAAAUGAAACAAGGCUUUAUAUUGAAAAUAGAGUUGAAUAUUUAAAAUACCUGCUUGUUUAAUUUCUAGUUUAAACACGUCAAUUUUCCAUUGGAUUCUUUUUAUUCUAAUUUAUUUUAGAAACCACAGGUAAAUACAUGAGAACACUAGAAAUACCAGAGGAUUAUCUAUGAAGAUGCCUUUUUUCUCCUUUUAAUUUGAACUUUUCAUUUAAACCUUCAUUCUGACAUUGUUAGUGUCGGGGGAGGUUGAAAACUACUACUAAGACUCUGUUAUUCCUCUUACUCCUUUGAUGACCAAAGAGGUGCAGGGGAAGUCAUCCAUCUUAUUCCUAGAAAUGCAGUCCUUAAAACAGAAUCUCUGAAGUUUCAUUUUCCUGCCUUAUAUUCAUUCUUGUCCAUAAUUUCCAAAAAAAGGUAGGUAUGGAAACACAUGGCAAAAUGUGGUGAUGAAGUAAUAUUUUAAAAAAUGAGAACAUAUAUCCAAAAUGAAUUCUGGUCUUCUCUUCAGAAUUGGCCAUUGAAAAUAUUUUGUGUGACUUUUAAGUUGUAAUGCUCAUUUGCGGUUUUACCAGUCUUUCCUGUACAGUGAGUGACAAAGCUAUAUGGAAACUGAUUAUUAGGAAAAGAUACAAAAAUGUAAAAAUAGAUAUAAAAUGCAUUUGAACAUAUUUAAUUUGUUUACAGAAAUAAGACUUGCUAAAUCUAGAGUAAUUUUGAAUAGGAGGCUAUUGUUUAUAUAUUGUGUAAUAACUAGCUUACUCUGAAGAGAGUUUGGUCAAACAAUAAAAUAUAUUGUUACUAACUGCUGGUUUCUGUGUACUUUGCAAAAAUUUUUAUUUUUAAUUUGGAUUAAAGCUUAAAAGUGUUACUAAUUGGCUUCAUAAAGAACUAUUAAGCGUUUAUUAACCGAAAAGGACUGCUACUCCUAUAGCAAAUAAAAGGGGAAUGCUGAUGGUACAUGUCCACAAACACCCCUAAGUGCCAAGUUAAUGCAUCGUCUGCCCUCCCACAUGCUAGAAAGCCACUAGAGUGAGUUCUUGUGGUUUAAUUUCCAAUUUCAACUAAUCUUAGUUGCAUUGUUCAAAGAAGCAGCAUCUUAAAGAGGCUCUCCAAACAACUAUAACUCUUGUCAAAUCUGAGACUUGUGCAUCUAAAAUUCUACAAUCCUGCUUUGCUCUGUUGCUUAAAUUGUUCACUGUUCAGAUCAGUUUAGUGCAGCCAUUUCCAAAUGUAUAGCUUGGCCCGGGUGUUUAUUGGUUGCCAGAAAGAAACAGGUUGCUGUCAUUUGGAAACUUCUGUGAGUAUUUUUCCCCCUCUCACUUCUAUUUUAUUCUUCAAAUAAAGGCAGUACCCAUUAUAGAAAAUGAAAAUUUUCAUUAAACAAAGGGGAAGAACUCCCUUGUUAAAAUCAGUUUAUUAACUCUAUAUCCUGGGCCAAAUAGUGACAAAUACAUUUUUUCCGACAACUAAAGAUGUUUUGAAGGUACAUUUUAAUUUAAACAGAGAAGAGAUUUUUCCCUAAUUAUAAACUAGAGAGUAUAAUUCUAAUAUUCCUGUGACUUAAAGGUAAUCCAAAGGUGUUGAUGCCUGAAAGCUACAAUUCUAAAUGCACUGAAAUUUUUGAAGCAAAUCUACCUUAGAAUCUUUAGUAUUAUAUUUUUUAAAAGAUUUAGGAUUUUAUUUAAAUUUUGUGUCUUUCAUUAAAUAUUGAAUAUAUUUUGUCCCAUUUUAUUUUUAAUCAACUAUUUUAUAGAAAUGAGUUGUUGGGAAAAGUUUAACAUGCACUAUUUAUAGUACUUUGCUGUUAAUAGGCGGUGUUCUGAAACUAAAUUUAUUUUUGUUCAGUGAACAUAAGAUUAGAUUUUUUAAAGUUGGUAGAUGAUUUAUGUCCACUAAUAUUUUUUUAAGAAACUGUGAAGAGAUUAAUAGGGAAUAAUUUUAUUUCAGAUUUUAGUAAUAGAGUGUAUAACUACAACUUUUUGAAAUUCAAGUCAAGGCUAUACUUUUACCUUGAAAAGAAUUCCAUUGGAUAUUUCCCAGUGCUAUUUCAUUUUAGAAAUAAGUGUUUGCCAUUCAUCUGCAGAACUGUUUGACAAAGGAAAAUUUUAAAAACAAAAUGUUCAAAGAUAAACCUUAUUUUAAGUUCUACAAAAAUAUUUAUCAAAUGGAUGUGUUAUUUUAAAAAAAUUCCCUAAGGAUUUUUUCAUUAAAUAGUCUUAGAGGGUGAUUUCUAGAACUUGUUUUUGUUAAUGUAUACUUCGAUGUAAAGAACAUCUAUUUUGUAUGCAAAACAAAACUUGAGUAUCGUUGCAAAACAUUAUAUUGUUUAGGGAUUCCAGAAAGCAGUUUAAUGCUGAAAUAACGACACCUAGUAUGUAGUCCAUAUUGUGAAAGAAGCUUUGCUUUUGUAAUAUAUGAAUAAAAAAAUAACACUUUCUAAUGA